UCUGUCACAUGACAGAGGCGGUUCCUACACAUGUCUAAUGGGAAUUUUUUUAAAUUGAAAGAAAAGUCCACAUCGGACUCAGUUUGAACCGGUCAAGUUGUUGUUGUUGCUGUGUUGUGGAACUCGCUUGAUGCAAAUGAUGUCGGACUCCAUCAAAAACGUCGCGAUAUUUGGAGCCACGGGAAUGACCGGGCUCGCGACCCUCCCGCUCGCGGUGGCUGCAGGAUACAAUGUGACGGUGCUGCUGCGGGACCCCGCCAAGCUGCCCGCCGACCACAAGGCCGCCAGAGUGGUGGUGGGAGAUGUGCUCAACAAAGAGGACGUGAAGAAGACCAUGGAGGGCCAGGACGCUGCCGUCAUCAUCCUGGGCACCAGGAACAACCUGAGCCCGACCACCAUGAUGUCCGAAGGCACGAAGAACAUCAUUGAAGCCAUGAAGGCUCGUGGGAUCUGCAAAGUGGUCGGCUGCAUGUCGGCCUUUCUGCUGUGGGAUCGCUCCAAAGUCCCGCCCCGUAUGCUUCCUGUGACAGAGGACCAUGCACGGAUGCACGAGGUGCUGAAAUCAUCGGGGCUGGACUACGUGGCCGCCAUGCCCCCUCACAUUGCUGACGACCUCCCUCUGACUGAGAGCUACAUGGUGGCGGAGGGCAUGCUAAAAGGAAGAGCCAUCUCUAAACACGACUUGGGACACUUCUUCGUCAAGUGUCUGUCCACCUCAGAGUGGGACGGCAAGACUGUCGGAGUGUGGGCAGAGUAUAAAUGAUCCGGCUGAAUCGUCCGGACAAGGAAAGAGAUUUAGAUCUCUUCCAGAUCAGCAUUCUGAGGAGAAAAUCCAUGUUUAUGCUGAGAAUUUUGAAAAUAAAUGAGUAAUAUAUGUGCAGAUUCAAAUUCCCAGUGUGUUGUGAUAAACCACUAAUGCUUCCCUGUGUCCCUGUAUUUUUAUACUGAUUUUAUCAUCAGCCGCACCGAGGAUACACUGCUGCUUCGGCUUUAGCUCUUAACAUUGCUUCACGGCUUUUCUUGUCUUUUCGUAUUGAGAUCAUUGAACAUUUGAUCAUGUGAUGCAUCCUGUCUCUGCUCUGAUGUACUUUUUUUUUAAUAGCUCUUUAAAAAAUAAAAGACUUUAUCGCGCAAAACGUGCUGAAAAAGUAAAGUGUUGUGUGAAUGAGCGGAGCUGUCUGUUGCUGGAGCGAACAGGAAUAGUA